AUGAAAAUUUCAUACUCCGUUCUCGUUGGCAUUAUGGCGAUAUUUGUAUUUGCAGCAGUCGCAUUAACACUGGCCCUCUAUGCAUUUUUGAAAAUUCAAGGAGCUCAUGAAUGUAUUUAUUACUGUCCUGAGACAGAUAACAUAAUAUGUGCCUUUCACACUGAAGUGAACAUGAAUAAUAAUGAAGGAGGAAUGAACUUUACAAGUUUAUGUCACCGUGAUAUGUACAACUGUCAAAAUCCUAAGCACAGUUAUAAAUUUGAUGUAAAAGGCCCAUGCAAUAACAGCGUUGAGGAUUAA